UCUCUCUCUCUCUCUCUCCCUUUACUUCACCAAAAGUCAGCGCCUUCUUUUGUCUUUUUCUGCACCCAUUGCAGAGUUUGUCUCCUCUUCAUGGAGGAAGAUUGGGAUCUCCAUGCGGUGGUUAGAGGCUGUACCUCCACCGCCACCACCACCACCACCACCGCAUCAGCACCAGCAGCAUCAUCCUCUGUUUCCUCCUCCUCUGUUUUCACCACUUGUUGCUUGCAGAAGCCUGAACUUUCUUCUUCAUCUGGGUUCUCUAUUCUUGAAGGUGAACAGGUUCUGUCUUUUCCUGCAGUAGCAUACCCCUUUGAAUCAAGAGACUCCAUUGAAGAGUUGCAUGAGCUUUGCAAGCCUUUCUUCUCCAAAUCACUCCAAGCUUCUUCUCCUCUGUCCUCAUUCUCUUUCUCCUCUUCUGCUGCACCCAAAUCACAAGACAAACAGCAACAGAGGAGUAAGCAACCACACCAUGGUGGUUCUGGUUCUGGUUCUGGUUCUGCCACCACCCCACGAUCUAAAAGAAGAAAGACCCAGCUGAAGAAAGUUUGUCAAGUACCAGUUGAGAAUCUUGCUUCAGAUGUUUGGGCAUGGAGGAAAUAUGGACAGAAACCCAUUAAAGGGUCACAAUAUCCAAGGGGAUACUACAGAUGUAGCAGCUCAAAAGGGUGUUUAGCAAGGAAACAAGUUGAGAGGAACAGAUCAGACCCAACAAUGUUCAUUGUCACCUACACAGCAGAGCACAACCACCCUGCUCCUACUCACAGGAACUCUCUUGCUGGUUCCACCCGCCAGAAGCCUUUGACACCGGAAACUGCCGCCGCCGCCGGAGACUCUGACAAGGUAGUGACAAAACCUACUUCUCCGGCUACCUCAGGGGGAGAGGCAGAGGAAGGGGUUCCAUCUCAGGGAGAAAAGUCAGAGAGCAGAGAAGAUUUGAUGAUGGAUGAUGAGGAAGGAGAAGAUGAAUUUUUUGGGUUAUCUGAUAUGGUGCUAACAGAUGAUUUCUUUGAGAGUUUAGAUGAUGAACUGAGUCAAAUUACUGGCUCCUCUGAUCCCUUUUCUGCUAUUGCAAUUCCUACUUGGGUAGCAGCCAAUGGUGCUGGUGGAAGCUGAGUAGUUGGGAAUUACUCAUCACACAAUUCACAAGUCAUGACAUGACAACUGUUUCAUUCUUCUUUUUGUUGGAACAUUGUGAGGAAUCUUUACUAACUAAAUUGCUUUGUGAAGGGGAAGAAAAUUUCUUUCCUUAGUAUAGUAGUGACAAGUUAGGUAGAUUAAGCAUUUAUAUCUCUUGUUAGUCUUGUUAAAAUUAGUGAUUAUUAUGUAGGCAUUACAGUCUUAUACCUCUUUUAAUGUUCAAUUAAUUUAUUGCUGCA